AUUGAAAUUUGAAAUUGAACAAGAGUGUUUAAAUUUUGAAUCAAAUAGUUUUUAUUGUUGUUAGUUUGUAUUUUGUAACUUUUAAUAAAUUAGUUAUAGUAUUCAAUAUUGAGUACUGAACAUUUAAAUUGCACCUAAUUACAUAAAGUUUUAGGCAUUUUGUUUCUAUAUAAUUUUUAAAAAUGCUUAAACCCAAGAAAAAUAAUAACCCAUCAAAAAAACGAGACGAUGAUAACGAUAAUGCCGCUCGUCCUAAGACCUGUAAGUUUGAGCCCAAACCUACUCUGUAUUCUUCGGUCAUUCAAACAGAGUCGAAGUUGAGGAACAUUUCACUUUCUCGUUUGGAACCCAAACCAAAUUCAAUCAAAGGAAUUGUCAGGGAAGUAAAUUUUCCAUUGAACGAACAUGUGUACGAUUAUAAUAAAAUGGUGAAUGUCGGAUUAAAUACAAAUUCAAGUGCUGUUACAAAACCUAAGCCUAGAGAAGCACAUUCAACCAAAAAACCAGUACCCAAGUUAAGUGAUUAUUACACACCAAGUUUUGAUAAUGUCCAACGUAUACAAAUGGACAGCAUAACAACUAAUCCAGAGUUAACGGUACAAUAUGAUGGUUUGGCAGUAACGAGAUUACUGAAUGAAAUUGAUGAUUUAAUCUUCAGAUUAUAAUCAGUAGUGAAGUAAAUUAUACUACCUGUUUGUUAUUUAUUUUAACUUUGUAAUAUUUGUAAAUCUUUAAUGUUAUUAAGGCAAUUGUUUAUUAUUUUUUUUAAUUGAUCUAAAGCCCGAGAUGUGGGGCCAUUAGCUGUUUGUAGGGGGGGGGGAACAUUGAAUUUUGUGGAACACAUGUAUGUUUGGCAGAAUUUCUAGUGGGCACCCGAAUGUUUCUGCAAUGCCCGAGUGGGGGGCGGCGGCUUCUCUCUCCAGGCACCGUGACUGCCCGAAGAUCGAUGUCGCCCGUGACCGAGAUUUAAACCACCGAUGGUGUGCGUCGCAACAGACGCUUUGGUCGACUCGACCACUUUACCCCCAACUGUUUAUUAUUUUUCAGUAAAAAUGCAGUUUGAAUUCAAUUACUACUUAUUUAGAUUACAUUUUUAAUGAAUUAUAAGACCGUUUUAGAUUUUUAUUAACUAUAAUAAAAAAAAUUUUAUUUGCUACAUCUAAGAUACCAAUUUAAUUCAAUCAUGUACUAAACACUUAAAGCUUUAUACUAUGUUUAAUUUUUUUUUGUAAUAAAUGGAUACCACAAUAAUUCGAUCAUAUUUACCUACUAUGCAGGUUAUGCAAGAUGUAUUUUUAAUUGGUAUAUCAUGUUAUAUUACCUCUUAAUACAUACAUUUUGUAUAAUAUUAAUAAAAUAUUAUUUUUAUGUAACCAAAAUAUUAUAUACCAAAGCACAAUUAAGAAUAUAUUGUGGUUAGAAGGUUA